GUUUUUGGAAAUUUGAAAUGUUUGGGGCUGAUUACAAAGAAGGUUUUUAAAAAAUACGAUAAAUUUAAAACCCCUCCCUUCAUCAACCCUUGUCAGUACUAUUUUCUUAUACGAUCAAAAAAAUGUAUCUUUUCCCCUUAUAAUAAAUGGGUGACGUAAUUUAUAAAGGACCCAUUUGUGUUUAUAACAAAACUGCGCAAAAAGAUAAUUCUAAUGUAAUUCACAAAUAUUUAAGAAACAAUGAAUCCUGACAUAAAACUACAGACUCAAACAGAGAAACCAAAUCACUAUAUGUAUUUGAAAGAAUUUCGUGUCGAGCAAUGUCUCUCGUUUUUGCAGCAUAAAUGCAACCAGCAUAAGCCAUUUGUGUGUUUUAAUUGGCAUUUUGAUAAUCAAAGACGAAGACGUCCAGUAAGAAGACGUGAUGGAACAUUUAAUUAUUCGGCAGAUAAUUAUUGCACAAAAUACGAUGAAACAAAAGGAAAAUGCCCCGAUGGAGACGAGUGUCCGUUUUUGCAUAGAACAGCCGGUGACACUGAACGACGUUAUCACCUUAGAUACUAUAAAACAUGCAUGUGCGUUCAUGAUACUGAUUCGCGUGGAUUUUGCGUAAAAAAUGGUCAACAUUGUGCAUUUGCACAUGGAGUACAUGAUCAGCGUCCACCGGUUUAUGAUGUAAAGGAAUUGGAAGCAAUGCAAGCAGCCGAGAAUGCAGUAGAAGCAGCAAAUGGAGGUGGACCAAAUGCAUUAGAUAAGGAAAGAAAUUUAAUGAAUGAAGAUCCAAAAUGGCAAGAUACAAAUUAUGUACUAGCAAACUAUAAGACGGAACCUUGUAAACGACCACCGCGUUUGUGUCGUCAAGGAUACGCGUGCCCACAAUAUCAUAAUAGCAAAGAUAAGAGACGUAGUCCUCGAAAAUAUAAAUAUCGUUCAACACCAUGUCCGAAUGUUAAGCACGGCGAAGAAUGGGGCGAACCGGAUAAUUGUGAGCAAGGUGAUAACUGCCAAUAUUGUCACACCAGAACAGAACAACAAUUUCAUCCAGAAAUAUACAAAUCUACAAAAUGCAAUGAUGUUCAACAACAAGGCUAUUGCCCACGAUCUGUAUUCUGUGCUUUUGCUCAUGUCCAAUCAUACUUCUUAGGUGACGAAUUACAACAACUUAAUCCUGAUGGAAAUCCAUCGAUAUUAUCAGACAUGAUCAACAAUGCAUUGCCUCCACCGAUGGUCAAGGACGCAAAAACUAACGAAUUAGCUUACUUUUCAAAAGUAUUACAAAAUGGUAGCGCUGAAAGUUCAGAAUCAGCAAGUACAAGCAGUAUAGGAUCGAAUAAUAGCUCACAUAAUAAAGCGCCUGGUUCACAGUUGCAACCAAAGUCAAUACAUGGUUUGGCCCAUAGCAAUACAUUAAAUUCCAAUAUUAACGGUAGCGCAAUUAGUAGCUUACAAUCAACUAUAAAUAGCAAUUCGAACAAUUCCAAUUUAUUAUCAAAUCCAUUUCAAGAAUUUUCACCAGAAGUAUCGAAACAAAUAUUGGCUAUUGAGAAUGAUCCGUCAUUGUCUCCAAUCGAGAAAGAAACUAGAAAGAGAUUCUGUUUAUUUGGUCAGUUAUCUUCUCAAUUCGAUCUUGAAAAUUCUAUAUCGGCUGGAAUAUCUUCAAGUAUACUUCAUCCACAAUCAGCUCCUGUCAACAUUCCUAAUUCACCAUUGACGAAUUCAUUAGGUAAUUAUCGCAAAUCAAUUCUCGCAGGACUUUUACACGGUACUAACUCAAAGCCAGUGAAUAUUCCAGGGAACUAUAGUCCAUCAUCUCAUCCAAAUAUGUUUAUGGGUGCAAACGAUCCAUUCAUUCCUAAUUUAAGCGGUAGUGCUGGGUCUGCAAAAAUCAAUAGUAAUUCAUUCGGACAUAACGAAAAUAUUCUUUUUCAACCAUCAUCUCAUUUGGUAUCAUCAUUAAACGAUGGAUUAGGAUCAUCAAUUAGCCCCGACUUAAGCGAAAAUUUUAAAUUAAUCCACAGGAUGAAUUUUGACUCUAGAAUAUCAGAAAUGAAUCAGCUCAAUAGUGAUCAGCAAUUACUCAAUAAUUCAACAAAUCCAUCAAAUAGUUUAUUCGAUGGACACAUUCAAAAAUAUCCAUUAUCUCCAAUGAUUAAUUCCAACUAUAAUAACAACGUUCAUGACGAUACAAUCAGAAAGAAUUUCGAAUUAUGGAAAUUAGAACUUGAUGAAAAUAAUAGAAAGUUUAAUAAUCGACAGGUUCUUAUAGCAGAGAAACAACGCGACGAGGCACUAGGAACGGUUAAAGCCCUCACCGAAAAAGUAGAACAGCUAGCACUAUCAUCAUUCAAAUCCAAUGAGCUACGCGGGAUGCCGAUACAAAAGUUAAAAACAUUACAGUCAAAAUUAAGAAGCGAUUUAGAAGAAGUUGAUAAUGUCCUUUAUUCAUUAACGGCAACAAAAUGUAUGAAAUGUGAAGAGAAUAAUCGUUCGGUAACACUAGCACCAUGUAAUCAUUAUGUGCUAUGUGAAGUUUGUGUGACAACUCAACGCGAAUGUCCUUAUUGCCAAACUCCAAUUGAACGAACGAGUACAACAUAAAUAAUUUGACAACAACAAAGAAUAAGGCAUCUUAGUUUAUUACCUUUUAGAUGGACACAUAAUGCAUUUAAUAAUUAAGAUUCAUAGAAUAUAAAGGCAGAGAAAGAGGAACCGAAAAUAAGCAGGAAAAUCCAAAACAAAACAGAUAUUUUUUUUUUGACAUAUUUAAGAAGAAAAAAGUUUAUAUUGCAUUUUUUUUUAUUAAAAAUUAAGAACAACUUCACAUAGUGUCAGGCAUUAAAUUCAACAGAAUCUCCACUCUUUUUAGACACAAAACAAUUCUAUUGUUUUAAGACUUUAACAAUAAGAUUAUUAAGUAAGAUUCAAUUGGAGUACAAAAAGCACAAUAAGAAUGCAUGUGUCCAUCGACUAUGUAUGUUUGGUAAUCAGUAAUCAAUUUCAAAAACUAGGAACCUGUUGAAUUCUCUCUCUCACUCUUUCUCUUUCUCAUACAUUUAUUAGUAUUUAACAAAUUUUUUCCUACAAUCCAAUGUGUUUUUUCUUCGUAAUAAAUAAUAUUAAUAAUAAUUAAAUGAUUAUAAUAAUAUGUGUGAAACAAGAAAAAUUGAUGAUUAAUUAUAUAUUUGAAGAAAAUUGAUUACAAAAAAAAAAUAAUUAAUUAAAUGAGAGCAAAAAAAAAGUGUUUGAAAAUUAAUAAAAUCAUUUUGAAUAAAAAAAGGAUUUAGAGUAGAAAUACAUUUAUAUAGGUAGAAUAACAAAUUAUUGUGAGACAUACAAGAAAUUGCUAUAGAACAGUUUAAUUAAUUAAUUGAUUUAGCACUGGAUUGUGAAAAAUGGAAGUGGAAAUUUUUUUUGUCAAUAUUUGAUCAAUCAAUCGACCUGAUAAACAUUUAAAAAAAGAAACCAGAAACACAAGAGAAUGUACUUCUAUAUUAUAUUAAAAAUACUAGAGGAGCCCAGUGCUGAUUAUAUAUUUCUAAUUGAAUUAAACGGGCAUUAAUAAAUAUACAAUAUGAUAAAGAAAAA